AUGAGUUUUUUGAAGAAAAACCAACUAGGUAAAUUCAAUCCGGAUUAUCAGAAGCAACGAAAAAUAGAAAGAGAGCAACAAGAGAUCAUGGAAAAAGAACAAAUAGAAAAAAUUGAAGUUGGACAACGUUGUUGCAUUCGUUUAUCGAAUAAACCUGUCCGAACCGGUACAGUCAUGUAUAAAGGACGAUUAAAUGGUAAACAUGGCUAUUGGGUGGGAGUGAAAUACGACAAGCCAUACGGCAGACACGAUGGUUGUUUGGACGGUAAACGAUAUUUUGAAACUUCUCAUAAACACGGAUCUUUCAUUACUCCUUCGGCUAUUGAAAUUGGCGAUUUAUCAGCAAUUGAUGAUGAACUCUAA